AUGGCGGAUUCUUCAGGAGGGGACCAGCCAACCCACCGGGCAACGACUAUUUCUAUCAGUGAGGGUGAGGAAGGAAAUGAAGGUAUCUAUGGGACAUCCGAGAGUAGCACACGAGGAAGUGAUACAAUAGAACAUAAGGGCACUAACGAGAACGAAAUGAGCUCACAAUCAGCGGCUACAAGAGACUUACUCGCGUCACAAGCAGCGUAUGAAGUCCGCCAAUUCCCGUUACAAGCAGCGCAUGAAGUCCGCCAAUUACCGUUAGAAGCAGCGCAUGAAGUCCGCCAAUUACCGUUAGAAGCAGCGCAUGAAAAGCAGCGCAUGAAGUCCGCCAAUUCUGGCCACAAGGAGCGUAUGAAGUCCGCCAAUUCUGGCCACAAGGAGCGUAUGAAGUCCGCCAAUUCUGGCCACAAGGAGCGUAUGAAGUCCGCCAAUUCUGGCCACAAGGAGCGUAUGAAGUCCGCCAAUUCUGGCCACAAGGAGCGUAUGAAGUCCGCCAAUUCCCGUCACAAGCAGCUGUUGCAGGCCGCGCAUUCCCGUCACAAGAAGCUGUUGCAGGCCGCGCAUUCCCGUCACAAGAAGCUGUUGCAGGCCGCGCAUUCCCGUCACAAGAGGCUGUUGCACCCUUCCCAUUCUUUCCACAAGAGUCGGUUGCAGGCCGCGCAUUUCCGUCACAAGAAGCUGUUGCAGGCCGCGCAUUCCCGUCACAAGAAGCUGUUGCAGGCCGCGCAUUCCCGUCACAAGAAGCUGUUUCUGGCCGCGCAUUCCCGUCACAAAAUCCUGUUUCUGGCCGCCGAUACUCGUCACAAGCAGCUGUUACAGGCCGCCGAUACUCGUCACAAAAUCCUGUUUCUGGCCGCCGUUUAUCGUCACAAGCAGCGUAUCAAGGCCGCGCAUUCCCGUCACAAGCAGUGUGUAGAAACUGCAUACUCGCGUCAGAAGCAGCGUGUAGUAACUGCAUAUUCGCGUCAGAAGCAGCGUGUAGAAGGUGCAGACUCGCGUCACAAAAUCCUGUUUCCGGCCGCCGAUACUCGUCAUAAGCAGCGUAUCAAGGCAGCGCAUUAUGGUCACAAGAAGCUGUUGCAGGCCGCCGAUACUCGUCACAAAAUCCUGUUUCUGGCCGCGCAUUAUGGUCACAAGAAGCUGUUGCAGGCCGCGCAUUCCCGUCACAAGCAGCGUAUGAAGUCAGCCCAUUCUCGUCACAAGAAGCUGCUACAGGCGACAUACUCGCGUCAAACGAAGCGGUUAGAGGCGACACAAUCUCGCCAGAAGCAGCGGGUAGCGGCGCCGGCAAAGAUGAUUCAGAAGCAGGAUAUAAGGAUAAAUGUCGUAAAACUUUGCGUAAAUUCCGGAAGUCUAUAA